CCACGUGGUAAAACAUGUCUACUUCUUGUAGCAGAUUGUAUCAGCCAUUCAGAGCAGUAGGAGUAUGUAGUAAUGGAGUCCCUCACUCUCUCUUCUCUGCUGGUAGACAGUCACUACUGGCAACAGCAGUGGGUAGGAGCUUUCAUGUUUACGAAUGUAACAAGCUUCAUUUGGUGAUGAUAAGUCGUUUGCAGCAAGACGAAAUACAGUGUUUGAUUCAAAAUGGCCGCCAGACGGUAGCUGCUGUUGGUGACACUAUUAAGAUAUUGGAAGGCGGAGAAGAGAUUGGAGCUAUGAAGAAUGAAUCCGUUAUCAAAAAAUUGUUAUCACUGGGGAAGGAUCAGUUAAUAUCCAUUGAUGUUGAUAACACAUUGAAAGUGUGGGACAUCAACAAGGAAGUUGUUGUUGUUGAGUUGCAGUUUAGUAAAGACAGUUUCUUAGUAACUAGUCUUGUCCAUCCUUUGACUUACAUUAAUAAAUUAUUAAUUGGAAGUAAUCAAGGGACAAUGCAACUCUGGAAUAUAAGAACCAGUCGGUUGGUCCAUACUUUCAAUGGGUGGGGCUCUCCCCUAUUGUGUCUGGAGCAGUCGACGGCACUAGAUGUGGUUGGGGUUGGGUUAGCUAAUGGAGGAGUAUUGUUACAUAAUGUCCGUACGGACCAGACCAUCAUGAGGUUCAAACAAGACUGGGGUCCUGUCACAGGACUCUCCUUCAGAACUGAUGGUGUUGAUAUGAUGGUGUCCAUUAGUGCUGCUGGUAAUAUUGCUGUCUGGGACCUCAAUGAGAAGAGACUGGCCAGUGUCUUGUAUGGGGCCCAUCAGUCACUGGCAGCUGCUACCUUCUUCAACAAUGAACCAAUAAUGGCCACCAACGGAGCCGAUAAUGCAAUAAAAAUUUGGAUAUUUGACCAGUCAGAUGGGAGUGCUCGUUUAUUGAAGGAGAGGUGUGGUCACAGUGACACGCCCACGCUAAUUAGAUUCCAUCCUAGCAAUCCUCAUGCUAUCAUUAGUGCUGGAACUGAUAAUAGUCUCCGGGUCAUUGGACUACGCAGACAAAUUAUCAGCAGAGAAUUAUCACAAGGUACGAUUAUUAAAAAAAAGAAACAAUCUUUACAUUCCAGAGACAACAGAUUACCACUUAUCACUGACUUUGCUUUUGAGGCUCACAGAGCUCAUCAAUGGGAUAGCUUAGUUAGCGUACACAAGGACACGCCCACUUUUAACACCUGGAACAUUACCAACUAUUGUCUUGGAAAGCAUUCAAUCACUCUGAGCGAUAAACCAGUGAGUUGUUGCAUCAGUGGGUGUGGUCAUUACAUGUUCAUUGGUACGGCUGGUGGGCGUGUCUUCAUGUUCAACAUUCAGUCCGGACUGGAGAGAGGCCAAUUCACAAUCAACAAGAAACCAGCUCAUAAAGGUCCUGUUAGGAGUAUAUCAACUUAUUUAAACUACAUCAUUACUGGAGGAGCUGAUAGGACAGUGAAAGUGUGGUCUUAUUAUAAUAAACGGUUGUUACAUUUUAUUGAAUUAUCAUCUCCAGUAACUAGAAUGUUCUGUCAUAAAGAAAGUGGUUUGGUGGGUGUGGCUUGUGAUAAUUUCCAGUUGGUAGUUAUUGAUGCUGAGACAGGAGGUGUGGCCAGAGCCUUUGACGGACCCUCAGGAAGAAUCACUGAUCUUCUCAUAUCUCCUAAUUCAAGAUGGUUGGUCGUGUCGUCAAUGGAUUGCUCCAUAUCAACGUGGGAUAUUCCAGCUGGACUCAUCAUUGACUUGUUCUAUACUGCUACUCCUCCUCUUAGUUUAUCAAUGUCCUCACUGGGACACUUCAUAGCUACCACUCAUGUUGAUGAGUUAGGAAUAUACCUCUGGUCGAAUGUUACAUUAUAUUCUAGUGUAUCAUUGUCUCCAGUGAAUAUUAUUAGUAAUAAUCAAUUAAUAACGGACCUACCAUCAACUGGGACUGAUCCUGUACAGACUGUAUCAGAUUCAAUGAAUAUUAAUGAGGAAGCAAUGAAUAUUAAUGAGGGAGAUGUUGUUCAUGAUAGUUCAUUAAUCAAAUUGUCUCAUUUACCAAAGUCCCAGUGGCACUGUCUCCAGUAUAUGGACACCAUUAAGGAGCGGAAUAAACCAAAGGACCCUGUGCAGCCUCUCAACCCGGCCCCCUUCUUUUUACCAACACUACCGGGUCUGGAGAUGAAAUUCAUACCUGCACCAGAACCCAUACCAACAAUAGAUGAAAACAAGGAUUCUCUUGUCCCGUUGAGUAGAUUCAAUAAAAGUUCGUUUCAGAAAUUAUUAAUUGACUAUCACUCAAACACAAGAGACUUUAGCGAGGUCCUUCAUGUCUUGCUAUCAAUGAGUCCUUCAUCAGUGGAUGCUGAGUUCCAGCUGUUAGCCUCUAGUGUGGGUAAUGCCAGUGGGGGAGGGGCUACCCCUAGUCAUGAUAAUGUGGUAUUGUUUGAAUCAGUACUCCAGUUCAUUAGUGAAGGAUUACUGGGUAAUGAUCAUUAUGAAUUACUCCAGUCUUACCUCUGCCUCCUUUUAAAGUAUCACACAGCUGCACUAAUAAAGAUUGAUUCUGUCCUUCCAUUGCUGUAUGGUCUAACUGAGAGACAGGAGAAAGGAUGGAAGCUUCUUUCUAAUAAAAUGAAUUAUUGUCACACUUUACUGAGUUAUUGUAAAUCAGCUACUGUCUAACUACUUAGAUUAUAAUCAUUCAUCUUUGUAAUAUCCUAUUUAAUUAUAACUGAGAACUGAGCCCUGGGCUCUAUUAGUAGAGCCACAUUAAGACAAA